AACACACAUAAGCACACCAGCUAGGAAUGCUAACAAGCCAGAGCACACCGUGAGGAUAAUGGGCUAGGCAGCUCUCAGCCUAAGGAUCUGGGAGUCCAUUUUGUUUGAAGGGAGAGAAACUUGAAGAACAAACGCUGGCACAUUGGACCCUUUUGUCUAACCCACAAUAUUUGCAGCUUAAGCAUUAUUUUUCUAAACUGACCUGUGGGAUGGAAAUGCACCUCUGACUGCAGCCUGCCGUGCUGCUGAGAAGCCAUGGAGACUGUUGUCAUCGUUGCCAUCGGCGUGCUUGCUACUAUUUUCCUGGCUUCAUUUGUGGCAUUGGUGGUGGUGUGUAGACAGCGGUACUGCCGGCCCAAGGACCUCCUGCACCAUUAUGACACAAAGCCUAUCGUUGACCUUAUUGGUGCCAUGGAGACACAGUCCGAGCCCUCAGAGCUGGAGCUGGAUGAUGUUGUGAUAACAAACCCACACAUCGAGGCCAUUUUGGAGAAUGAGGACUGGAUCGAAGAUGCCUCGGGCCUGGUUUCUCACUGCAUCGCUAUCCUGAAGAUUUGCCACACUUUGACAGAAAAGCUUGUAGCGAUGACGAUGGGUUCUGGAGCCAGAAUGAAGUCUCCAACCAGCCUGAAUGACAUCAUUGUGGUUGCUAAGCGAAUUAGCCCCAGGGUGGAUGAUGUUGUGAGGUCAAUGUACCCUCCACUGGAUCCCAAGCUUCUGGAUGCAAGGACAACGGCCCUCCUGCUCUCUGUCAGCCAUCUCGUCUUGGUGACCAGGAAUGCCUGUCACCUGACUAGCGGCAUGGACUGGAUUGACCGAUCGCUUUCUGCAGCGGAAGAGCACAUGACUGUGCUUCGGGAGGCUGCUCUCGCCACUGAGCCCGAAAGAAACCUCCCGGGGGCAGAGAGCUUCCUGCAGGAGCAGUCAGCCAUCUGAAGUAUGCCUGUUGGGAGACUGGACCCCAACACUUCCCAGGCUGUGAGCCUCCGGGUUCAGGCCACUGCCCUGGGUGGUGCCCUGUUCCAAAACUUGCAUGAGCUAAGCACAGCCAUUAGUAUAUUUACAUUGAACUCCAGACAGAUGGUAGCUAUGGCAAUGGUCCUCUGCCCUGUCCCCUGCUGCUUUGUAGUUUGGUUUAAUGUCCUACUCUGUGGAACAGUGGGACCAUGGUUAAUAAAAUCCCAUGAGAAAUCA